AUGAGGGCCGCCUCACUGUCUGGAUCUGCGACGGCUGGCUUCUCGUCUGCUUCCCUCGUAUCGAUUUCCUUGUCAAUUCUUCAAGCACUUCCAAUUCACGCGCUGUCAUUCAACUCCGUAACAGAACCACAUCUGGAUCUUUCGCCCCUAGGACGAGUCGCUCUCACCGGAGACUUCAAUGCAGUGUCGAUUUAUUCGUACGCAGAACAAGGGAAGACAGCUUCCACCAAUCAUGACGGCCAAUCGAUUCUCACACCACUCCCGAAUGGCGAACUGACGGCGCUUUCAUCUUCCGAUGCUCAGAUCAGGGCAAUGUGCCCCUUCACACGGAAAGAUGGAACCUACGAGGGCAUCUUUGUUGGGGGCAACUUUACCAAGCUCGGCGGUGUUGAUGCAAAGGGCGUUGCCCUGUACAAGCCCGAUUCGAACGAAGUGACUGCUCUACCUGGACUGUCUGGAUCCGUUUCGACGCUACUGUGCGACCAGGAGACAAACAGCGUCUAUGUUGGGGGGUACUUCAAGUACAAGAACACAUCAAACGCGAUUGCGUGGGUUGGCGGAGAAGGUUGGACGCCUUUGCCUUUUGACGGAUUGAACGGGCCUGUCGCAUCCCUUCUGAAAAAUGACGACGGCCACAUCAUCUUCGGUGGAUCAUUUGACGGGACAGGAAAUUCCACAUCCCCCAAGAAAAAGGAACAAAUUAUAAAUUUAAAGGACUCCACAAUCACCUCCGAUGCGGUUUCCUCAAGGUCCGGCUUGAGUAGUCCACACAACAUCAUCUGUCAAACCAGCGGCGAAGAGGGUGAUGGGAAGACAUGGUUGCUCGCCGACACCUCCCCAGGCUUCUGGAGAGCGGACAUGGGCUUCGACUAUCAGCCUACGAAACUUCGCCUGUGGAACACCCAUCUUGAAGGUAGGGGUACCAAGGCCUUCUUGUUCAGAAGACUCCCGGACAAUGGCAUCAUGAACUUGACCUACACGGACCCCAACUCUGGAGAGGACAUCCAUUGUGACUCUUACUGCUCGCUUUCUGACAGCAAGGACGAAAAAUAUCGUGAUUUCACCUUUGUGAACGUUGUGGAUAUGCGCGGUUUCCAGCUAGAGAUUCUGGAAUGGUACGGGUCUGGUGCUGGCCUAAAUGGGAUAGAACUCUUUCAAGAAGAAAUUUUUGCCUACGCCGUGGAUACUUUCAAUGAGCCCUCCUGCGCAGGUAUCAAAUAUCCAUCCAAGUCAACUCAGACUGGUUCUUGGUCAACCACAAAAUCCGGUCAGAGUCUAUCUGACUACUUGACGGCUGAGAUUACCGACUCCACUGCAGCAAGUACAUCCGUCGUCUUUGAACCUGAUGUCAAGCAGUCCGGAAAUUACACUGUCCUUCUUUACACGCCUGGCUGUAUCCAGGAUGGAACCUGUGGUUCGCGCGGUGUUGUUAAUGUGACAGCCACUGUUUCAAGCAAAUCCGAUGAACCAACCCAAAAUCUCAUUCAUCAAACGAAUCUCUACGAGAAAUAUGAUACCAUCUAUACUGGCCAUGUCGAUGCAGGUGACAAGUCAUUCCGUCCUAAAGUCACAUUGACUCCAGCGACUGGUCAAGGUGCUGUUACAAUCGUGGCAUCAGCUGUGGAGUUUCUGUUGGUCGAUGCUUCGGACGAUUCGAGUGGUGAAUUGAAUGGAUUAUUUGAGUAUGAUCCUACUUCGAAGGCUGUCAACACUAAUAUUACGCAAUCUGCUAUCAACAGAGCCGGAAUGCAACUCGAAUCAGGCGCAUAUGUGAAGGCCCUUGCGAAGCACGACAAUAUCGUAUAUGCAGGGGGAAAUUUUUCGGACCCCACCGCUCGCAACUUGAUGAUCCUCGAUGAUGGACACACCACUGCCGUUCCUGGAGGGGGCCUUAACUCAGAAGUUUCUUUCAUGGCGGUGCUGGACGAUUCUCUUUACGUUGGAGGAAACUUCACCGAGGCAUCUGAUGGUACAAACCAGAAUCUGAAACACGUUGCGGCUUAUUCCUUCAACUCUAAAACCUGGUAUGCGCUUGGGGGAGGUGUUAAUGGGCCCGUCAGCAGGGUCAUCCCUCUUCAACUUAACGCUUCCACGAGUAUCAAUGAGACUGUGGUUGGAGUCAGCGGUGACUUCGACAAGCUCCUUGCGUUUGGCAAUGAGUCGGCUACUGAUGUUUCCGGGUUUGCUGUUUGGGUUCCCUCACAUAAAAACUGGCUCGAGAAUCUCAACAUUAGUCAGAUCAUUUAUGGUGGGCAACUAUCCGCUUUCACCAAGGAUGGGAAUACGACCAUCCUGGCUGGCAGUCUGGUCUCAGGAGGCAUUGCAGCUGCCGGCGCCGUAGCGGUUCUCUAUGACGAGGAUUUGAAUCUGGUGCCAUUGCUGACAAAAGCGAACGGAUCUGACACCAAUACUCAAACUGAUACAGGAACAUACACCGGGGUUUAUGACACAAGCUCUGGCCGCAACCUCACUAUUCUUGGAGGGCACUUUACCACUACCGCUACCGAUGGUUCUUCCGUCAAAAACCUCGCCAUUCUCGACGGCGCCGACAGUUCAGUUCGCGGGAUUGGUUCUGCGAUCGAUACCAAUUCAACUUUCCUGGCUCUGACGGUCUCCGACGACAUACUCUUUGCCGGCGGAAGUGUCACCGGACAUGUAGGAGACUCGAUGCUCAACGGGUUCCUAGCGUACGAUUUGCGGAAUGGGUCCUAUGUUGAGAACGUGCCUCCGCCCUUCACAGGAAAAGUUGUGUCUGUCAAUGCUAUUGUCUCACGUCCCGGAAUGAAGGAGAUGUAUUUCGGCGGAAACUUCGAGACCGCCGGUGCCUUGCCUUGUCCUGCUGUUUGCUUCUACGAUACAACCGAGGCAAAGUGGAAUAGGCCCGGGCUAAAUCUUUACGGAGAUGUUCUGGCGCUCAAGUGGAUUAGCAACAAGCAAUUGAUUGCUGUUGGCAACCUUACUGUUUCAGGGGAUCCUAGUCUUGUCGCGACCUACAACGCGGAAGAUAAGAACUGGAAGACACUUGCCGGGCCAUUUACAUCCGACGUAUCUGGGACUGUCACGGCAUUCACGCCUGCCAGCCCUGAUGUUUCGAAAUUUUGGCUCGCGGGUGAGGCCAAGAACGGCUCGUCUUUCCUCGCGAACUAUGAUGGGUCUAAAUUUCAGUUUGCUGGAAGUAUCUUUAGCGCUGGCACGACCAUUCGCGGUCUUGAAGUCGUCCCUCUUUCCGAGAAACACCAUGAUACCUCGCUUUUGAAGAAUGACCAGACCCUUUUGAUUACAGGCCAACUUGUGAUUCCAGAUUUUGGGAAUGCCUCUGCCGCAUUUUUCAACGGCACCACGUUGACGCCAUUCAUUAUGUCUUCGAAGUCGGAUGGCCAGUCAGGCAGUAUGUCCCAGUUAUUCUAUGAGAACAAUAAUCCCUACACUAGUGGAGGCAAUCACCAUUCCAACGGAAUCGUGGUUCUGGUCGCUUUCUGCUGUGCUCUUGGCUGCGUCUUCCUGAUUGUCAUUGCUGGGGUUAUUUUCAACAAGAUCCAGCGGCGGCGACAAGGUUAUAUGCGUGCCCCACAAGCAUAUGGAACAGAUCGACCGUCAACGAUGCGGCGGGUACCUCCCGAGUACCUGUUCAACUCGCUCAAGCAACGCCAUCCAGGUGCACCUGUGAUUUGA